CUUCUCUAAAUAGAAGGUGCAAAGCGUCAUUAGCAACUUAAAGAUGAGAGAUGUCAGAUUUUACCAGAUAUUUACCACCAGAGUUGAUAGACAAAGUUUUGUCCUACCUGAAUGUAAAGGAGAUUGGAUUCUUCUCACAAGUCUCUGUUAAUUGGAGAGAGGCUUCAAACAGGGACUCGGUAUGGCUUCACCAUUGCAUGAAGAAUGGUUGGAUGAAAUAUGGUAUAUCAGGCAGCAUUUUACAUGAGGAACCCAGUGCUAAACCAACAACCAAUAUCUCAGGAACUUCUCCACAUUUUGAUUUGUAUGUGCCAUUUGAUACUCGUUUAUCACCAAUAUGUAAAUGGAAACAUGUAUACCUACGAAUGUACCAUUUAACCAGGAACUGGGAGAAGGGAAGAUUUUUUGUCUCCCCUACCUUACGUGGACAUAGCCAAAGAGUUACUGCAAUAGACAGUAAUGGUACAUGUUUAGUCAGUGGAAGUGAAGAUAAAACAUUAGUUACAUGGAACAUGCUUACAGGCUCUAAAAUCUACACAGUACGUGGUCAUUCAGAUGCUGUUACUGCAAUUAAAAUUCAGGGUCAUCACAUUAUAACAGGCUGUGCAGACAGUGCUGUACGGGUAUUUAGGAUAGACAAUGGUGAUCUAGAGUUUUCUUUAUUUGGCCAUAGUGGUAGUGUUGAUCAUCUAGGGGUCAGUGACCAUGAUUACAUUAUAUCAGCAGGAUCAGACAGAACAGUGAGGGUGUGGUCCUCUAGUGAGAGAAAGUUACUUAGGAUGUUUCAUGCUCAUACAGAUGAAAUAGAGUGUAUGCAUUGUUGUGGACAUAUGAUUUUAACUUGUUCAUGGGACAAAUUGAUGGUUCUCUACCAUGUAGAAAAUGAUAAUCCAAUCCAAGUUUUUGAAGGUCAUUCUGAAGCUGUGAGUUGUUGCCAGUUUGAUGAGUAUAAAGUUGUCAGUGGGAGUGCCGAUUCAGAUUUACGCAUUUGGGAGACAUCAUCUGGUUAUUGUACACAUGUGUUAGAGGGACACACAGGUGAAGUAUACUGUCUUGUAUACAACAAGCAUGUAAUAGCAUCAGGAGCUUCAGACAGCACCAUAAGAAUUUGGUCUCAUUCAGGUGAAUGCCAAUAUGUACUGACUGGACAUCUGGGGAUAGUUAGAUGUCUAUAUAUCAAUGAUCAUAGGCUUGUAAGUGGUGGGGACCAGAAGAAAAUCGGUAUUUGGAAUUUUAAAACAGGAAAGUUAAUGAAUAUGGUUCAUAGGUGUCCUUCUUUGUUACACCUGAUGUGGGUCGGGGAAACAAAAAUCGUCACAGCAUCUCCAGAAUCAACAGGGACGAUCACUAUUAUCAAUUUUUGGUGAAGUCAAUCAAUCAUCAUAGGAACACAUGACCUAGGACAUUACAUGGACAAUUUAAUAAUGUUUGCAUCAUGACAUCACCUGUAAAGGUAACAUAGCAUCAGAAGACUUUGUUACAUUGUAGAAGUAUUGUUUAUUAAAAUUUACGUUAUGUGAACUUGCCAAACACUAAUAUUUUAAAGAAUGUUUAUGUGUGAUAAUCAGUUUUGAUGAAACAGUAGUUGCCAUAUAUUUUGUUAUAUGUGUUAUAGGUUAAAGCCAUUAAGGCAGAAUGAAUAUUGAGUUAUGUUUCAUGAAUUUUUUUUUUUUAUGAACCUAAAACUGGAGAGUUAUCAGACAAAAUUGUGAACAAUAGAAAUAGUUUAUAUGCAUGAUAUUUGUUAUGUCCUAUAGCAAAAAAAAAUAGAAAGUAAGAGCUUUUUAAAAGCCUGCUUUCAAAGAUAAAAAUUGAAAAAAGGAUAGAAGCUAUUAGCAACAUCAGAAAGGGGUAUAUUAUAACACAAACAACUUACCUUACUAGACAUAGAUAACUAUGAUGGUGGCAUUUUCUGAUAGGAUAAUAUCUUAAAGAAUUAUUGUUAUUACCAGAUAAUUUGUAUAACAAGUGUGAUUAGUAGAGUUGGACCUACUGGUUUUAAAUGGCAAAAAAGUAAUGAAAUUUGGUAGACUGUUGAUAGCAGAGAAAACAGAAUUUGAAAUUGAAAUAUAUUUACUUGUGCCAAAGUGACAUAUACUACCGGUAUGUCUAUUUUAAAAUAUAUCAUAAAAGUUUGAAUGACUUAAUAAUAUAUAAAAAGAAUUGAGAAUUUAGGUACACGUAGGAAGUAUUAUAUAUACUGUAAAUUCAGAAAUUAUUGCUAGGUUUUUAUUAAUUCGAAUAAUGCGACAACGUGAGUAUCGCAAUAAUAAAAACUCGCAUUUUGAUAACUGAAACAUAGAUCUGUAUGUAGAUUUUGCUGAAAUCGCAAUAAUUAAAAUCGCAUUCUUGUGCAUUUUUGAAAAAUCGCAAAAAUAAAUGCACGCAAUAAUUUCUGAAUUUACAGUAGUUAUGCUCAAUGUUUAUAUACUUAUAUAUGUUUGAAUAUGUUGUUGUACGGUUAUAGAUGAACAAAGUUAUUAAGAUAUUCUUUUACUUACCAUAUUUGUUUGAUUUGUUAUGUUAUUGACUUAUUUAAAUGAACUACGGUAAUGUACGUUAAUUAUUUAGACCUCUCCAAUUGGUGGGUGUUAUGCUGACAGAUAGAAAAAUGAAUUUAAACCUCAUGCUGUGUUAAAAUGUCUCAAACCCAAUAAACCAGUAAUGUAAAUGGCCAUGGUUGGUAUUUAUUUCAUUAUGAGUUAACAUUAUUGGUAGCUUCAUUGACAACAAUGACUUUCCAAUCAUUGGUUUAACGCUAGAAAAACUAGAUUUUUUGUGGGUAAAGGGUGUCUCUUAGAUUCAUUUUGUUGGAAGAAAUUAAUUCAUAAAAUGUUAGAGAAAAACAAAAAUAUAAUAAUACUUUGUCGGUAGUAUUUUUUUUUUUUACAUGUAUAUUUUUGAAUAAUAUUGUGACAAAUUUGGGGUUUCUUAGCAAACACUUUUAACUCAAUGUCUAGGGAAAAAAAUAGAAAGAUUUAUUUGUCAUAUCUACAGACUGAUUAAAAAACUAAUGAAGCCAACAUUUUAUGUAUUUGAUCAGGUUAUAUUUUAUUAUACAAGAUGAAUUGAGUUAGCAAAAUUCAUUAUCUACAGUGUUAAUUAUAUUAAAGAUUUGUUGAAGACA